AUGGAAAAGGAUUCGCUCGGUGGCAGCAAAUAUUUGCUGCUGAUCAUCGAUGAAGCCAGUGGAUGCAUGAAGGGCUUUUGUCUACGAGUGAAGUCCGAGAGUGAAGACUACAUCCGGAAAUAUAUCACCAUGGUACAGACGCAAUUCUGUAAGAAGGUCAAGUUCGUGCGACACGACGGAGCUCGCGAGUUUGCAACCAACUCGCUUCAACUGUUCUACGAAGACGAAGGCAUUGAACAGCAGACAACGGUGCCGUAUGCACAUCAAACAAACGGAACAGCAGAGCGUGCCAUUAGGACUAUUGUAACGAUCGGCCGCAGCAUGCUUCAUCAUGCCAAACUGGACAAGUGUUUCUGGGCCGAAGCAGCGAUGACGGCCAUCUACGUCAAGAAUCGACUGCCGUCACCUAAAGUCGUGCACAAGACCCCGUUUGAGAUCGUCUACAACUUGAAACCAAGCGUCAAGCACAUGCGAACAUUCGGAUGUCAGACGUACAUACUGACGCCUAAAGAGAAUCGACUCAAGUGGGAUCCAAAGGCUCGCGCUGGCAUAUUCGUGGGCUACGAAGAAGUUUCGAAGGCAUAUCGUGUUUAUGACAUCGAGGCGGGGCAGGUGGUUAUCAGCCGCGAUGUCAACUUCGACGAGUCCACCUUUGGACUUCAACUGCCGAUCACUGAUGAAGAUGUCGAUGACCUGGACUUCGAAUUGCUGGAUCUUGAUGACGAAGAGCUGCGUCAAAUGGAGUACAAGCAAACAGGCAAGCGCAAGAACCGACUCAAUGAUGAAGAUACAGCAGCUCCACGACCGCGUGCAGUGCGUCAACGACCAGGACUAGAAGAGUCAAGCGCGCCGGAAAACAACUCGUCACGCCAAGAAGAAGACGAAGAAACGAAGGAUUCUGGUGAUUCAACACCGCCUGUGUUUUGGCGUGCGAGUGCAAAUGCCGUUGAAGCAGCAGUGGACUUAUCAGAGCCCUCAACAUUUGAAGCAGCAGUAAGCGGCCCUGACCAAGUGCACUGGAGAAAAGCAAUUCAUGCAGAGCUCGAGUCAAUGCGACUUCGCGGUGUGUUUCGUGCAGCCAAGCUGCCCAACGGACAACGCGCCAUUGGCACAAAAUGGGUGUUCAAGAUCAAGCGCAAGGCGGAUGGGUCAAUCGAGAAGUACAAGGCACGUCUCGUGGCAAAGGGCUUUCGCCAAAAGUAUGGAAUCGACUACACGGAGACGUUUUCGCCCGUGGUCAAGUAUGUGACGCUGCGAAUGGUGAUCGCAAUUUCCAAGCAUUUUGGAUGGCCCAUCGACCAGCUUGAUGUGGUGACAGCUUUCCUGUAUGGCGUCAUGAAGGAACAAGUGUUCUGUGUGAUUCCUGAAGGCGUAGAACUUGACAGUACGUUCGACUGCCUGGAAUUGGUGAAGUCAAUUUACGGCCUCAAGCAAGCGUCGCGAGUGUGGAACGAGACGUUCGACGAGUAUGUGUGCUCCAUCGGAUUUCAAGUAUCGGACUUCGACCCAUGUCUCUACAUCAAGACUUCGGACGGCCAUUGCGUGUUUAUACUGGUCUACGUGGACGACGUCUUGGCGACUGGAAGCUCGCUCGAGCUGAUUGCACAAACCAAGAACGACCUGAAGACGCGGUUCGAGAUGACGGACAGCGGCAAGUGUGCGUUUGUUCUUGGGAUCGAGCUUUUUGUUGGACGGUGA